AUGCAACAAGUUGAAUAGGAGUAAAAUUAGGCGGCGAAUUAACAUCAUCAAGUAAGUAAUUUUCUGGCCAAGGAGUUUUUUGAUUAUGGGUUGAUGUCAUUCUACCAAUACCAAUAAAAUAAAUAAAAUAAUGAAGACAAAGCUGAUGAUGAAGAUAAAGUGAAGAAUCAGGAAUAAGAAAUAGAAUAAGAAUCUAAUAAACUUAUAAACGAUAAAGAUCUUUAACUAAAAUACAAGGAAGAAAUAGAUUAUAUAAGAUGGUUCCAUUCAUUUCACAAUUAGAAAUUUACUAAAUCUAAGAGAAAAUGA